UACACAAAACCAGAAUGAGAACACUAGUGAUAUUUUGCGCUGUUUUGGCUUCCGUUUAUACCUAUUCUGAGGCAUGCUCCUGUUUUCCUCAACAUCCCCAAGUACAGUUCUGUAACGCAGAUUUUGUUAUCAAGGCAAAGGUAUUGAAGAGAAGAGAAACUGGCUCUUCACAGUCCGAUGACGUGAUUUAUACAGUGAAAAUAAUCCAAAAUUACAAGAGAGACCGUUAUUACAGAGGGCGCCGAGUACAACAAAUAUUCACCGCUUCAAACUCCGCACUAUGUGGCUCCUUUUUUGAGAUUGGCAGGGAGUACAUCAUCACAGGAUCCAUUCGAGAGAACAGGUGGAGAACAAAUUUAUGCAGCUGGAAUCUUCCAACAACUUCUCUUACUCAAUAUCAGAAGAAUGCACUUAAAUCUGGAGUCUAUAAGAACAGUUGUUCUUGUAAUGUGGAAGUAUGUUUCGGUGGGCAGUGUCCUGAACCUUCACGAGACAAGUGUGUCGUCAAUCAGGGCGCUGAUCUCUCGUGUUUCUUCCGAGAAAACUCAUGUGAACGGAAUAGAAAAAGCUGUGCCUGGCGUUCUCCUGCCUGCUUUUAACAUCGAAUAUGGACUAUUCAAAGACUUUUAAUUGAAGAAUAUGUAACAUCCUUUUUAAAUGAGCUUUUACCUAUAAUAAAUAACUCAAACAAGGCUGCGAUAAACAUCAGUACAUGUAUAAUAUUAACAUAUCAGAAGCAUUUAUAGAUGCUAAACAAACGUGUUUGAUUUAAAACCUUUCAAAAUACGUUUAAGAUUGUUUUACUUGCAGCAGCAAGUAGGCGAUCUGUCAAUUCAUAAUGUAUAAAAGUAAUUUAGAAACUGUUCGUUUCUACGGGGCUAUUAAGAUGGUCUAUCGACAUUUUGAAAAACAAAACUAUUUCAA